AUUCCAUCACGAAAAAWCWCAACGCAACAAAAAGAAAAAGAAAACAAACAAAACUAGGAUACAGGAUGGUUCGCUCCUCGAAUUUCGCCACGGCAUGCCUGCUAUCGCUGGCGGUAUCCCUGUCGGCCACGCGGCAAACGACGACGGCUCUCGCCUUUCUUCCCCCCCAACUCUCCCACCGUUGUUCGAACCACAACGAGGCGCAGGCAGCAGCAACCACAACGACAACGGCAACGUCAACGGCAACGAAAAGGGUGAAUGCCAACCGCCUUUUUUCGACGGCGUCCGCCAAGCGUCCCGACGUGCUGACCGAGAAAUCGGAGGCCCUGGCGGAGGGCAUCCUGAAGCGCAUGGCGGAAACCUCGGCCGGCCUGGGAAUGGAACACGCCGCCAUGUUUGGCCUGGACGACGACGAAACCGACGAAAAAAACGGGCAGGAGCGGACCUCCGCGGGCCUCUUUGCGCUGUUGAACGCCAUUAAAACCACGCUCGGAGACGGAGGCAGCCUGGGGCUGAACGGCCACCCGCUCGUCUUGCGCAGGGCCGAUCUGGAAGCCGCCAUGGGCCUCGAACCGGCRUCCCCCGGUUCWUCCACGGCCACGCUCUUCGAGAACGCCUUCACCAUGGCCGACCUCGAAAAGGCCCUGGAAGACGACUUUCUCGACGCCUCGCGGGGAUCGACGGACAACCGCAAGGGAUGGGCCAUCGCGCCCGUCUCGGUCCCCAGGGGGGAUUCCUUCGAGGAGGCCCGCAUGACCUUCGACGACGUCUGCGCCGCCCUCGACAAGGGAACGGUCAUCUUCAACGCCUUUGGGGCCCACGUUCCGAAGCUCGCCGGGCCCUGCCUGGCCGCGACGGACGCCACCGACACGCCCAACGCGGUCAACCUGUACGUGACGGCCUUUGGAAAGCGAACCUCGGCSCCACCCCACACCGACAAGCAGGACGUGYUGGUCGUCCAGACCGGGGGCAAGAAGCACUGGAGGGUAUACGCCCCCACCGAGGCCUCGGUAAAGACCACCGCGGACGUCUUUGCCCGCGGAAAGGGGACGGACAGCCUGCCCCUGCAUCUCCUGGAGGCCGCGGACGGGGACAACCUGCUCCUCGAAACCGAUCUGAACCCCGGAGACGUUCUCUUUAUCCCGGCGGGAUUUCCCCAUACCACCGGAACGGCCCACGAGGAAGACGGCGGCAACGACGGCAGCGGCGCCGACAAAACCAGCAUCCACCUCACCUUCAACAUCGACACACACGUGUGGGAGCUCGACUACCUCAACGCCCGGAGGCUGGCCCUGCGGAGGGCCAACAUCGUGGAUUCGGCCCUCGGGCAGUCCCGCGACGAGGACAACGUCUACGUGGGCCGCGUCAACGAGCUCCCAUCCGGCCUCCACCGCGAUCUCCUCGGGGAACUCCCCCUCGGCCUCCUGGGGGAAGACGCAGAAUCCUCGGAUGCCCUGGUGGAAACCGCCACGGCCAGGCUGAAGGAACUCGCCGAGGCAGUCGAUGCGGAAACCUUUGCCGCCGUGGAGGAUUCCGUGUGGAAGGAAACUAUUCUGGAGCUGCGUUCGAAGGGAAGAGAACUCGUUGACAUCCACCGGGACAUGUACAUUGCGGCCCUGGAGGAGGGCCGGACCCGCAAGGCCGAGGACGCCAUGACGGCCCACCUCCAAAAAGACGGCGAGAACAACAGGAAGAAGCCCCUCACCCAGGAGCGGAUGCAGCGGCUAUCGCUCUUCCGCGUCCAGAAAUACUACGAGCUCAUCAACAAGGUCAAGGCAGACCUCCUCAAGUGGUCCUACGAAGGAACAUCCAGCGGGCCGAAGGCCGGGGAAUCCGCCAAGGCGGCCCUCCCGGACAACUGGGCCUUUGUCCUUCCGGUCAAGAUGGGAGACCAGGUGGAGGCGGACCUCGGGGGGGCCUUUUUCCCGGCCACCGUUACGAGGGUGCUGCCCAACGGUGGGGGCUACGAUGUCAAGUUCUUCGACGGCGAUCAGGAGAGCGGAAUGGAACGGGGGGCGAUCAAGCUGCUCACGCCGCCCGACAUGGGCGGUGACGAAGAGGAGGACACGUCGAACAUGACCCCCAAGCAGCUGAAGCGAUGGAAAAAGGCCCAGAAAAAGAAGAAAAAGCAAUGAAGGAGCGGGAACGUUCGCAAGCAAAACCGUUGCACCCGCGUCGAUCACUCGCUGGCGAACGUUUGCUAGCUAGCAAGAGAAGUCGUGGUACUGAAGAGACAACACAGAUAUGAAUACUAAUCCAUCCAUGGGUUGAUGUACAACUAACAUUCCAUGAAACAAAAAAGCCACGCACGAGAAAACAAAUCCACGACUCAUUAUUAUUUUAGUACUACUGCAGUAGUUCAUUGAUCCAUCGAUGCAUAGAUUUUGUUGCCGACUCAACAACCACAGGUUGUAACUAUUAGACCUAUAGCUAUUCAUUGCAUUCAAUUUUUCAAAGAGUUUUAUUAAAAUUUCUUCUCGAAUAGAUGCAUUCCUUGAAU